AUGGUACCCGCGGACCGAACUACGCAGGAUCCGAGACGCCACAUCGUUGUCCACUACGGCGAGUUGGGCCUCAAGGGCAGGAACCGGCCGGUCUUUCUGCACGCCCUGAUGCGCAACCUGGAGCGGGCGCUCAGUUCGCUGGGCGAGGGCUCCGUGGAGCAGCAAUCGGGACGGCUGUUGCUGACCGCGCCCGAAAGCGUUCCCUGGGGGGAGCUUGAGGAGCGCCUGCAGCAGGUCUUCGGCGUGGCCAAUUUCUCACGUUGCUGGACGGCGCCGCACGACCUCGAAGCCGUCAAGCAGGCGGUGAGCCGCGCCCUGCAUGGCCGCAGUUUCGCCAGCUUCCGCAUCACGGCGCGGCGGGCGUUCAAGGAGUUGCCGUGGGGAUCGCAGGAGAUCAGCCGCAUCCUUGGUACCCACGUGCUGGAGUCCCACGCCACGAAGGUGGACUUGAAGAACCCGGAGUUGGUUGUGCACGUCGAGGUAAUCCCGCGGCAGACAUUGAUUUACGUGGAAAAAACGGCUGGGGCGGGCGGCUUGCCCGUCGGCACGGGCGGCACGCUGCUGGGGCUACUGUCGGGAGGGCUGGACUCGCCGGUGGCCGCUUACCGGAUGAUGAAGCGGGGCUGCCAGGUGCACGUCGUCCACUUUCACAGCUACCCGUUCCUGGACCGCGCCUCGCAGCGCAAGGCCCAGACUCUGGCGCGCCUGCUGACCCAGCAUCAGUACCAUACGAAAUUGUGCAUGGUGCCGUUCGGCGAGGUGCAGCAACGCAUCGUGAGCGCCGUGCCGGCACCGUACCGCGUCGUCCUCUACCGGCGAUACAUGCUGCGGAUUGCCGACGCUCUGGCUCAGCAGCUUGGCGCCCAGGCGUUGGUGACCGGCGAAUCACUGGGUCAGGUGGCGUCACAGACCCUCAGCAACCUGAGCGUCAUCGAGGCCGUCAGCACCUUGCCGGUGCUGCGUCCCCUCAUCGGUAUGGACAAGGCCGAGAUCAUGGAACAGGCGGAAGCCAUCGGGACCUAUGCCACCUCGAUCCUCCCCGACCAGGAUUGCUGCACGCUGUUCGUGCCGCGCCGCCCCGCCACCCGUACGACCCUGCCGGACAUUGAAGCGGCCGAGCAGGCGCUGGACACCCCUGCCCUGCUGCAACUGGCUCUGGAAGGCACGCAGUGGAUCACGUGUGACUUCCCGGAAACCCCAGCCUACGCAUCAAGCGAAGCAGCGCUCGAGGCAUAG